GUGCCAUUAUGCAACAUGAAUCAUUCAUCCAACACAAGACAAAUUUUCAGCUUAUUUUAUGUAGCAGAAAACUAUAUGAUUGCAGCAACUUUUAACUUUCAUAUAUGGAAUACUAUAUACUAUAAUGGAAGUUCACACGUCGCUUUGUUAUUAUUCUUUCCUUUUACUUAGAUUUCGAUUACUUCCUGAUAUUACUUCUGCUUCGGUGUAUUAUUAGAUUGCUAUUGUUUCUGCAUAUUUCCCUUCUUGUUUCCUGCAUCUCUUGUUCUAAAUUGUUGUACUUAUACUUGCCUGAGCCGAGGGUCUAUCCCAAACAGUCUCUAUACCUGCACAAGGUAAGAGUAAGGUCCUUAUAUUUUUGUUGUGGUUGUUUGCAUGUCGCUUUGUUAGUAAAUAUUGCUAGUAACAGAAUAUAUGGAUUCAAUUUUAAUAUUUUUUUGACUCACUCUCAAGUAAGUAGCUUAUUCGAACGUUGUGAAUUCGUUCCCGCCUUUGCAAUAUCAGCGCAUCUUGUGCCACAGAAUCGGUUGUGCUCUCUAUCAGAAGAUUGACUUGUGUGGAAGGUUGACUCUGAACUACGUCAUUACUAGACGGAAAUGGCACGGCAAGAGGAGCAGGAUAUUGGGCUUGUAUAUACACUGGAUGAAGCACUCACAUCACUUGGUUUUGGGAAAUUCCAAUAUUUGGUUUUGGUUUAUGCUGGUCUUGGUUCUAUGGCUGAAGCAUUUGAAAUUAUGAUUCUGUCAUUUAUAGGACCAGUGCUAAGGUCAGAGUGGGAACUUUCUCCUACUCAAGAAAGUCUUAUAACAACUGUUGUUUUUGCUGGUAUGCUCAUUGGAUGUUAUUAUUGGGGCUUUAUCACUGAUAAUUAUGGAAGAAGGAAUGGUCUUCUGAGUGUUGCAAUAGUGACUGCUGCACCUGCAGCACUGACUACUUUUUGUCCAAAUUAUAUUUGGUUUCUUGCUCUACGUAUGAUGGUUGGAUUUGGCGUAGGCGGAGGUUAUGUAUACGGAUCUUGGCUUCUAGAAUUUAUUCCUCCACAAAACAGAGGCAUGUGGAUGAUUAUUUAUUACGCGUUUUGGACAAUUGGAACAAUACUUGAGGCUUUAUUAGCAAUGGUGAUUAUGCCAACAUUAGGUUGGAGAUGGUUACUGGCUUUAUCAUCUAUACCAUCAUUUGCAGCACUUUUCUUGUAUGUAUUUACAGUAGAAUCUCCAAGAUAUCUAUGUGCCAAAGGUAGAAUAAACGACGCGUAUGAUAUUUUGAGGAAAAUAGCUGAGGUCAAUAAGACAGAACUUCCCCCUGGAAUCCUUGUUACUGAUCAAGUGACUGACCUGAAUGAGGAAUUGCUUUCCCCUGGAGAAAACAAAACCUCAAGUUUUAAAUCAGGCUUCUCAUCGCUACUGAUGCUUCUAUCCCCUUCGCUACGAAGAAAUACCCUCCUCAUAUGGGUAGUUUUUAUUGGAAAUGCUUUCUCAUACUAUGGCAUUAUAUUGCUAACCUCACAGUUUAGCAGUGGACAAAGUAGACAUUCAUCAGUUGCUUUGUAUGUGAACAAUGAUCAGAGCCUCUAUAGAGAUGUGCUCACCACUAGUCUUGCAGAGAUUCCUGGCCUUCUUAUAUCAGCUAUAAUGGUGGAGAAAGGUGGUCGAAAAUUUACUAUGGCACUUAUGUAUAUCUUAGUCAUCCUCUUCCUUUUACCACUUCUUAUGCCUCGGCUUCAUGAGGCUUUAACUACUACUUUACUAUUCGGGGCACGUAUGUUAAUCACAGCAAACUUCGACAUCUCAAAUGUAUAUUGUCGAGAGAUAUAUCCAACGAGUGUAAGGUCAACUGGUAUUGGAACAGCAAGUUCUGUGGGAAGAAUAGGAGCCAUGAUUUCUCCAAUCAUUGCAGUGCAAUUAGUAAGGGAUUCUCAUCAAGUGGCUGCAAUCAUAUUUUUUGAAGCAGUUCUUGUUUUAUCAGCAACAUGUGUUAUGCUCUUCCCAAUAGAGACCAAGGGAAGGAAACUGAUUGAUACUCUUGUUGUCUAAAGUUUGGACUCGAUCUAUCUUAUUUGAAUUGAAGUUUGCUCUACAUUGGAGAAGGAAGCAGAGAAAAUAGGUUACUUGUGUAAAUAUUUUACUUCAUGAAACUCCUCUUGGUCUGAUCAUGAAAUAAAAGUUCUUAUUUUUGGGUA